CCUAUAAAAAUAUUUCAUUUUUAAGUAGCAAAUUAUAUAUAUAUAUAUAUUUUAUCAGUUGAUGGAAUUGUUUCACGUUACUUGUGUUUUCCGCUUUCUGUAAUUCAAGGUAAUAAAGAUAUAUUUAAUGAUCAGAUUUAGUAAGGUGCCUUUUAUACUGUUGUAUUGUGUAUUUUGUAUUUAAUGUAUCCUGUUAAGUUAUUAUGUAAUAGUAGAAUAAGUACUGUGUUUUUAUUUAGUUGCUUCUUUCUAGUUACAGGUACAAGGAUCUUUAUGUGAAUGGGAUUGCAUUCCAUAAGAAUUGUAAAUGAUAACAUUGUCAAAGAAAUUAAAGGAAUCCCAAGAAAAGGGAAAGGGACAGACAAAUGCAACAAGCUCAACAAAAACAACCUCUUCUCGUAUCCGAAAUCAUCUGCUCGUAAAAGAACUUUCUGACAUUGGGUCGUACAACAACUCAACUUGUCAAAUCAAGUUUCCUGAUCCGAAUAUUCUUCAUCAUUUUACAGUUUCUGUGACUCCUGAGGAUGGGAUGUGGAAAGAUGGGUGUUUUAAGUUCAAUGUUUCAAUACCAGAAGAAUACAACAUGAAACCACCAGUUGUAAAAUGCACAACAUCUGUUUGGCAUCCAAACAUUAGCUUGAAAGGUGAAGUUUGCUUGAGUAUAUUAAGAGAACAUUCGUUGGACGGUUCGGGGUGGGCGCCAACAAGAUCAGUCAAAGAUUUGAUCUGGGGUCUUGGUUCUUUAUUUACGGAUUUAGCUGAUUUUGAUGAUCCUCUUAACUUAGAAGCUGCGAAUGAAUUUAAAAAAGAUCCAAGGAAAUUUAGAAGAACGUUAGAAGUAUAUUUGUAUAAAAAUGCCCCUACCUGAUUUACUGUGUUAAUUGUACAAAAUGUUUAAACAUAUUUAUUUUGAUUUGGUAAGCUGCCUACUGCUGUUUCUGUGCAUAAAAAAUGUGCUUUAUAUUUGUACCUUCGUUUUUGUUUUGAUUUGUGAUUUUAAUUAAAACAAAAUCCGUUGAAUAAAGUCAGUGUUAACUAUGG